UUCUAGCAAACAGAGCAGACUAUUUCCAUUCCCAUCCAGUAAUAUAACGUUUGUGGCGAAGCGUAUCAUUUUAAUUAUUUUCUACAUUACAAAUUUAUACUGUGAAAAUAUAAUUCCUGCUAACUCCGUGAGGAAUCUCAUUUCUCCAGUGUUUUGGUGUGGAAGUGGUUAUUUUUCUAAGCAGCUGUCGUAAAAGUUUAUUCCUUUGAAAACCGCUCCCAACUGGACAUAAAAGUGUGGUGAAAUUAUCUCGAAUGUAUCUACAGAAUGUAUUUUUACGCUGAACAAUACUAAGGUGAUGAAAGUAACGAAUUGAUAAUGCAUUGCAAAAAUUCAAUGCCCAGGGAACGAGUAGUGAACGGCAGUCUGGCAAUGCAGAAUGGCGUUAAAUGUUGAUUAGUGUUCUUCAGCUACAGCGGAUGAUACCGAAAAAGUAGAAACAAAGAAACCCUAGCCUCUCCAAUAAUCCGUACAAACCAAACCCUUUGAGAAGGUCGCAAUCCCAUAUCCACUUCCCAGUUAUGUCUGCACAUCAAAGGCGCAAGUUAUAAUUUCGACAAUCACAACUAACAUAGAGAAAAAAUCUUUCCCGCAAGUGUUUAGUGGCAAAAAAGAAAGUGCAGGAAUUCAGUGUAAACAGUUCCAGCCAGCAGUGAAACGCGAGCCAAGCGAACAGCACUGUCUGUGCUGUGUGUUCUAUUUUUUCGCCUCGUUGGCAUUCCCAAACCUGUACGUGUAUCCAUCAUCGUACUGCGAUCCUGAGCAGCAAAAGAAAGCUGGAAAAAGAGGUGUAUCUUCCUCCCACCGUCACGUCUCCGUCGUGAAAUACACUACCGUCUGCAGCAAACCCAGAACAACUUAAUUAACUACUUGAGAACCGCAAUCUCUUCCCGCGAAUCUCUCUCUUAUAAACAACAGAGCAAUACGAGACAAGGACCAAUUCUGCAACCACACGUUGAAGCUCCGAUUUCAAGCUUCUUUAUAUUAGAUAAGCUAAUAUAACGACGAAAGCAUAAGCUAUGGCUGGACCAGAAAUCACUUUUAUCUUCCAAUUCGGUAACCUGCGGGACAUCGUGACGGUGUCCAGUCAGGCACUGACGCUGAAAAAGCUCAAGGAUCUAGCCUGUGAUUUUAUCAACACUAAGAUACCAGAAAACGGCCUGAAUCGUCUUUCAGAUCGUUUACUACUUUUCCGCCAUGACUACAGUUCAUCCAACGUUCUCCAGAUGAUUAAUUCAGCAUCAGAAAUUGUCGACGAAACUCUCGUAGAAGUCGUGCUCACCGCAAAUCCCAUCAGUGCUCACGGAUCGGAUGACAUUCCGCUGGUACGACCGCAUGCCCUAGCGGUCCAUUCCUACAAGGCACCAACAUUCUGCGAUUUUUGCGGCGAGAUGCUUUUUGGAUUAGUUCGUCAGGGUCUCAAGUGCGAAGGCUGUGGUCAAAACUAUCACAAGCGGUGUGUCAUCAAAGUGCCAAACAACUGCAGCCGGGUGGAGCAUACCGGUGCAUUGCUGAAUGCCGGAGGCAAUCGACGCACCUCGUCCACCAUGUUGCAGCCACCCCGAAGUCCCUCGGCUGGUUCGAGUAGCUCACUUAUGUCCGACGAUCAGACGACCAGCGGAUCCGGCUCACUGCUGCUCAACGUAUCUAGCGGUGGUGGCACGACCAGCAUCCGCCAGAACCGAUCUCCAUCGCUUGGAAGUCGCGGUGGAACGAUUGGCAGCAUCAAAAUACCUCAUAGUUUUUCCAUUCAUACCUAUACCCGUCCGACGGUUUGUCAGUAUUGCAAAAAACUGCUGCGUGGACUGUUCAAGCAGGGCGUCCAGUGCCGUGAUUGCCACUACAAUGCACACAAAAAAUGCGUUGAACUAGUACCGAAAGAUUGUACCGGUGAAAACACACAACCGGUGGAUCCACACGAAGACCGGGGCUCAGGUGGCGAACGUGACGUGCUGUACAAGGAUGAUGCCGGCGACGAAAGUGAUCUAGACGAUAAUGUCUGCGGUGGUGUAAUUAAUAACAACAACAGCAUCAGUCAAAAUCGAAACGCAAACCUAAUCAACACAGGCCCACCGGUUAAGAUCAAUGGUUUGAUUUCUCCCCUGCACGAUGACGGUGAAUGUGGCGGUAAUCGACUAGAAGUGAUUUGCGAACAAUCACGACAAUCGAGCGAUUCCUCGUCUUCCCCUAGUGCCAAUAUUCCGCUUAUGCGAAUCGUGCAGUCCGUGAAGCACACUAAAAGGCGCGAUGGCCGUGCUGUGAAGGAGGGCUGGCUGGUACACUUCACAAACAAGGACAAAUCAGUGAAGCGUCAUUACUGGCGGCUGGAUUCGAAAGCGAUUACCUUGUUCGUGUCAGACCAGGGAAGCAAGUACUAUCGGGAAAUACCGCUCAACGAGAUAUUGACAGUGGAUUCGGCCAGAAACAUGCAGGGUGAAGUGCUGCAUUGCUUUGAAAUUCGCACUGCCAACUUGGAUUACUUUGUUGGGCAAGAUCCAUUGUACAAUUUGAAGGAUGGCGAUCCGAUGCUAUCUCUACCACCGCCGGAUAGCGGAGUUGGAGCUUAUCUAGCGAAAAGUUGGGAAACAGCUAUUAAACAAGCGUUGAUGCCGGUAACCAGUACCCGAUCGGAAUCAACUGCCGGCAGUGAACCGGAGGAGAAGGUAACCGACAUGAGUCAGCUCUAUCAGAUUUUCCCGGACGAGGUGCUGGGUUCCGGUCAAUUCGGAAUUGUCUACGGUGGAAUACAUCGUAAAACGCAUCGAACGGUGGCCAUUAAAGUUAUCGACAAGCUUCGGUUUCCGACCAAGCAGGAAGCGCAGCUAAAGAACGAAGUUGCUAUCCUUCAGAACCUCUCGCAUGCAGGUGUUGUAAACUUAGAACGGAUGUUCGAAACGCCAGAGCGAAUAUUCGUUGUAAUGGAAAAAUUGAAGGGUGACAUGCUGGAAAUGAUUCUAUCGCAUCAGAAUGGUCGGUUGAAUGAAAGAGUUACAAAGUUUCUCAUCACACAAAUCCUUGUCGCGCUAAAAUAUCUACACAGCCGAAACAUUGUACACUGUGACUUAAAGCCAGAGAAUGUUCUAUUGUCUUCGGAUAACGAAUUUCCUCAGGUGAAGCUGUGUGAUUUUGGUUUUGCUCGUAUAAUCGGCGAGAAAUCAUUCAGACGUUCGGUCGUCGGCACACCUGCCUAUCUUGCUCCGGAAGUGCUACGAAAUAAAGGUUACAAUCGAUCGCUGGACAUGUGGAGUGUUGGAGUAAUUAUAUAUGUCAGUCUAAGUGGUACAUUUCCUUUCAACGAAGACGAAGAUAUCAAUGAUCAGAUACAAAAUGCUGCCUUCAUGUAUCCGCCAAACCCGUGGAAGGAGAUUUCCUCCGAUGCCAUCGAUUUGAUCAACAAUCUGCUGCAAGUAAAGCAAAGGAAGCGUUUUACAGUGGACAAAAGCCUACUGCAUUGCUGGUUGCAAGAUCUGCAAACGUGGAAUGAUUUACGCGGACUAGAGGUGCAGGUAGGUCUUCGGUAUCUUACACAUGAAUCUGAUGAUGCACGUUGGGGUGCAUCACCUGGCAUCCCUUGACCAGCGGAAACAUUAAACAUAACUGCGUCUGUAGCAGUGGCAACAAAUGGCCCACCUGCAAUUACUGGUAACUGUGUCGCUGGUGACAGCAGCAGUAGCAAUAACAGCACCAGCUCCGUUAGCAAUCAAUCGCCCAAGCUUAAUGACUUUCGCGGUAAAGCGUUCAAGUGGGUACGCGGCCGCCUUUGUCGGUUAAUUAAGGCCUAGAAACAGAACAAAACCAUCAUGACCAGCGAGUACAUAAUACACCUACACAUACUUAACAAAGAGUGAGAUUGGCGAAGGACUUACGACGUCCUUUAAGCCCGUUACCCAUUUAGAGGAAAAAGGCAACGUACCUAUAGUAAUAUUUCGUUACAAUUUAUACGUUAGCUGACUGAACUUGGUCUACUGUUACAAGUAGAUGGUUUUAUUAAAAUCUGCAUUAACUGGUUUAACUAACGGAAGGACAUCAAUUUCCCGAUUGACUGUUAAGCUUUCCGAUUAUUUAAUUCUAACAGUUUGAAUAACAAAUAUACGAUGAUACUAAUUAAUAAAAUGGGUCAACAAACAAAAACAACAAAUUAAAGGAAUUGAAAAGUUGGUAGUAAUUAAACUGAAUGUAUUUUCAAUUUGCUAACAGUUCACUGGGUGCAUAGAUUAGAUCCGUAAUCUAUUCUGAAUUUGUCAUCGAAAUAUACUAUAGUUAUCUAUAUUCAUAUUUUCAUAACUCAAGCAUAGAUCUGCAGGAAAUGAAUCUGACUGUAUGUCGGUUCAAAUAUGAAUAAAAACUACACAAAUCUGAUAUGUAGAAAUUUAACACUUUAUUGGGUUGUUUAUUUUAUCUUUUUCCCUAUUUACUCCUAUUCCGUACUAAACACCAGCGAUUAGAAUCUGAUUGCAUGUAAUUUUAAUUUAUCAUUCAGCAAUUUAUGCUCUUUUCUGUGGAGUUAUCAAACCUAUCGAAAACUCAUGACGAUCAAAUUUGCUUUAAACUUUAAGGCUAAAAUUGAACACUGAUUGAAGAUUCUCUUAUAUCUUAACUAAGAUCGCAAAUCAGCUAUAAAUUCGAAACAUAUUCGAAACAAUAUUGCAACGAGUGUAUAGUUAUGCGAUUGUUAUAUUGUUGACGACAUCCACAAAUAAGUCCUUUAGUGGUGGAUUAGAGUGAAAUGCACCCGUAGCCUAGAAAAGGUUAGCCAAAACGGGUAGGACGCACAAAAAUAGGAUUCGAAAUAUCAAGUUUGAAGCCCUUUUGAUCGACUGAGAAACACACAUGAGGAUGUAUACAAUAAAUUUCCUACGAUAAUACUCUUAUGCUGCAUGUACUCAGUUUUCCAGAAUCUGACAAAUCUAGAUAGAACGAUAUCUUUUAAGCUAUCAUAAUGGUCCAUCAAUUUUUUAGUUUUAGCAGCCCUAAGAAUAUUUACGAUUUUUUUUUAAAUGUAUUUUUUCACAACAAUGUAACACGAUAAUGAAUGUGCAGUUUAUCGUUAGUUUUUAUUGCGUACAUUAUUUUUAAUAGGUAUUUUACUUUUAAGAAAAAUUGCAAUGAAUCUGUAUUAUUGUUACAACAUGAAACAUUCCCUAGAAUUUUUCAAAUUUACU